AUGCCUACAGUUUCCGAGACUGAUGUGGCCAAAGUUGACAACGCAAAUGCCACGGACCCCGACGAUACUGAGCCAAUUUCUCUGGCAGUUUCGGAGGAACUAAUUGACUUGCCCUCGCCAGAACAGUCUCUUUCCACUGAACCCACUCUUAGGGGCACGAUACUAUCACCCAAGGAACGGCCAUUCAAGUCUCGUCGAAGCAGCAAAACUGUGGCUGGAGGUACGUACUCACUCAGCUACCGACUUAAAAACACAGUAGUUAUUUUCCCAAUACAAUCUUUUUUAAAUUCUUCCUGGUGA